UGUCGAAGUCUAACUAUGGACUUCCAUCUGAAGCAAUGGAGAGACCAGCAGCAUGAGUCAGAGAACCGUAAUACUGCGAAGAUGCCAAAACUUCUCUUUGAUCCACAUCCAAAACAAAAACAAGAUCCCUCUUCAGGGUCUGACGCUCUUCCUUUGUUUGAACCUCAACUUAACAGCAAAACCAGUAACCUGUCAGCGUUUCCAGACUCACCCACCAGAUUUCCCAGUAACAUUUCUCUUACUUUUUCCCUUGCAAUACUCUUGUUUACUAAUCUUACAAACUUUGCUUUUCUUUUUCUAUAUCAUUUUUUUUAUCAAUUGUUUUUUUUUCGUUUGCUAGGGAUGGGAAGUUACUUUAGCUUGGCUCAGUGGCAGGAGCUGGAGUUACAGGCUUUGAUAUACAGAUAUAUGUUGGCUGGUGCUGCUGUUCCUUCUGAACUUCUUAACACACUAAAAAGAAGUCUUCUUCAAUCUGCUCCAUAUGUUCUCCAUUACCCUCUUCAACACUACUCACAUUAUCAACCUGCUUUAUUUCAAGCUGGAUACUGGGGUGGAGCAGCUAUGGCUCCGGAGCCGGGACGGUGCCGGAGGACUGAUGGCAAGAAGUGGCGGUGCUCGAGGGACGUGGUGACCGGUCAGAAGUACUGUGAACGUCAUGUGCACCGCGGCCGAAACCGUUCAAGAAAGCAUGUGGAAGCCCCCACAUCCACCAACACCACCACUUUAGCUUAUGGUGGCUCUUCUCUAGGGAGCACCAAUUCCACUGCCAAAACUGGUUUUGUUGGGAAUACUUUUACUAUUUCUGGGCAUUCACCUUCCACUGAUCUCCUGCAACCCAAUCACAGUUCAUCAGAGUCCAAAACUGGAAACAAAGGCCUAUUUGCAGCCCAUGAUGAGGGUCAUAAGAAAUCAGAUGGUCAUAUGCUGCGACACUUUUUUGAUUAAUGGCCACGAUCCAUUCAAGAACCAGAAGUUGCAGGGAGCAAUGCAAGUCCUUUGGCUUUGAGUUCUUCUACGUCUCACAAUUUCAAUGCCCGGAAACUCAUCAUCUGAUGGGUCAUUGAAACUGUCUGCUGGCAAUGGAGAGGAGUAAUGCCCAGGAGAGAGUAAAAGGGAACAAUUCUCUACACUUGAAUUGGGCUGGAAAUUAGGUGACCUGAAUGAGGACCACUUGCAGAGGCAUUGAGAUCUUCCGCUUCUAACUCGUCCCCGACUAGUGUCUUGCAUCAGUUGCCCGGAGUUGCUGUGGCUGAAACUAGCUUUGUUUGCAGUUGAAUUUCGUUAUCUUGUUCUUACUUCAAUAAAAUGUUUGUGAUUUUUUUCUCCUGAACACUUGGAUACAUCUUGUUAUUCCUGUUGU